CUAAUUUGGAAGCAUAUACUCCGUAAUCCCUCCUUCAUCUUGGUUGGUAUUUUCUCUGCCAACAUUUCAAGCUCGUCAGAAAGGUGGAUCCAUGACUCUAGUAAGGAUCCCGGGGCGAACCUCAUGCAAGUGGAUCUCUUGAACCGAGGUAUCCUUGUUGAAGACCUGGCAAGGCCGGUGGCUGUGAUAACGGAGCGCCUGCUAUUAAUUCACUCUAUCUGCAUAUAUCAAAAGCAAAACUUUGAAUUUCACACAGCAUCAUUACCGCAACACCAUCUCCGGGGUAUACGUGGCAAACCCGGCCCUUGUCCUUGACAUAUCUAGGAUACUUUGAUAUCGGGGUCUUCACGAUGGCGAACACUUUAGCGGAACAUGUGUCGGUAGAGAGUGUUGAUGACCAUUAUGUCUCCACGUAUCUUCCUCAAAAAAUGGGGAACUCCGCACCUAUCGCAUAUGGCGGCUACGCUAUCGCUCUGGCAAUACACACCGCGUAUAAGACCGCACCAGACGGAUUUCACCUGUUCUCAGUUUUCGGACACUAUCUCCGAGCAGCAAGUACGGAGGCCGUCAUGAAAUGCAUGCCUGUUGAACUCCGUCGAACCAAAAGCUUUGUCACAUAUCGUGUCUCUGUCGAACAAGAGAUCCCGGACACUGGCCAGGUGCGGAAAUGUAUGGAGGUCCUCGCCGACUUUCAUAGGGAUGAGCCAUCUCUCCUCGCUUACUCGGAUCAUCCCACUCGGCAAUAUAGCCACUGGAAAGACUGCAUACCGUCGGAGCGUCUGGUGGAUAGAAGUCAGGUCGAACUUGGGAAAAUAACGGAGACGCAGUAUCAUACUUUCAAUACCCUCUUUGGACUCUCCCGAAACCUCUAUGAAGGUCGACCUUGCCCAGAAGGAGUUACUGCUCAAAACAUGAUGGGAUUGGCAAAGACUGUCAAAACUACGCAAGAUGAGCUAUCUCCGGUAGCAAAAUCAUCCGCAGACUGGGUUCGGGUGAAGCACGCCCUCUCGACAGAAGGAGAACAAAUGGCUGGAUUGGGCUUCAUCCUGGAUGGAGUCUUGUCAUUUCUGCCCUUGGCCCAUAACCACCUAUUUCUUGAAGAUGUCGAAGCCUGCUCGAGUUUGGAUUUCGCUCUGCGGAUAUUUUCCCCGCGUCCGAAAAUGGAGGAAUGGCAUCUCCGGGAGGCAGUCAAUCACCAUGCUGGGUGUGGGCGCACGUACAGCGAGAGUAAGCUGUGGGAUGAGCAGGGAAAUAUGGUGGCUUGUAUGAGCCAGCAGUCGAUUUUACGAGUUCCUGUAAAUGUUGCAAAGAUAUGACCACUAUAGUUAGACUCAUUUGCUUUCAUAGUUUGACAUUUCCUUACUUUAGACAUAAAAAGUGAAUAGAAGACUG